AUGCUUGACAAGAGGGACCCAUACCAGGAAGGGAGCAUUUGGUACUAUGCGCCCAACAAAGGCGGGCCUAUUGCCUUUGCAAUCCUCUUCGCAAUAUCCGGCAUCCUACAUGGUUAUCAGACCUACAAGUAUAAGGCUUGGACAGUCACAGGGUUACUCCCUUGGUCCGCCCUGCUUUUCACAGUUGGCUUUAUCCUGCGCAGUAUAGGCGCUUUUGGAGAAUGGGGCAACGUAGAGAUCUAUAUCUCGAGCACCGUCUUCCUUUUGGCUGGGCCACCCGUUUACGAGGGAGCGAACUUCUUAAUCCUCGGCCGUAUACUGUACUACAUUCCUUACCUUUCGCCUAUACAUCCCGGCCGUGUAUUCACAACCUUUGUUGGGAUGCUCUUCUUCGUCGAGGUUCUCACAGCAAAUGGAGCAGCGCUCUUGGCGAAUACAGAGGCUACUCAGGAUCGCCGUGAUAUUGGAGAGGCCUUGCUCAAAGCUGCCUUGAUUCUACAACUUCUAGUAAUGGUCGGAUUCGUAUCUCUGACCGCGACAUUCCAUAGCCGAUGUCGCUCUGCUGGGGUUCUCACCAAAAAUCUCAUACGCGUUCUCGCCGUCUUGUACUGCAGCUGCGUGUUUAUCACCACACGCACCGUUUUCCGAACCGUGGAAUACUUCGUCACAUCUGGGCAGAACAGCUGGGACAACCCUAAUGAUGUUGACCCUAUCAUCAAGAAUGAAUGGAUUUUCUGGUUCUUUGAGGUUGCCAUUAUGUAUGCCAACACCACGAUGCUCAACAUUUUUCAUCCAAUGCAGUGCUUGCCCAAGUCGAACAAGAUUUACCUUGCAAAAGAUGGUGUCACGGAGAUCGAGGGACCUGGUUUCAAGGACCACCGCCCUUGGGUUGCUACUGUUGUUGACCCCUUCGAUUUGAUCGGGUUACUGUUCAAGAAAGGGAAGCAACAAAAUUACUGGGAAGUUGAUGAGACUGGACAACCGAUUGGAGGGCAGAGUGACAAGGGGGCUGUCUAG